AUGAAAAGAAAACAUAUCACACGACAUUACAUGAAAAGAAAACAUAUCAUACGACAUUACAUGAAAAGAAAACAUAUCACACGACAUUACAUGAAAAUAAAACAUAUCACACGACAUUACAUGAAAAGAAAACAUAUCACACGACAUUAUAUGAAAAGAAAACAUACCACACGACAUUACAUGAAAAUAGAACAUAUCACACGAUAUUACAUGAAAAGAAAACAUAUCACACGACAUUACAUGAAAAUAGAACAUAUCACACGAUAUUACAUGAAAAGAAAACAUACCACACGACAUUACAUGGCAAGCAAACAUAUCACACUACAUUAUAUGGAAAGAAAACAUAUCACACGACAUUACAUGAAAAUAGAACAUAUCACACGACAUUAUAUGAAAAUAAAACAUAUCACACGACAUUACAUGGCAAGCAAACAUAUCACACGACAUUAUAUGAAAAUAAAACAUAUCACACGACAUUACAUGGCAAGGAAACAUAUCACACGACAUUACAUGAAAAGAAAACAUAUCACACGACAUUACAUGGCAAGGAAACAUAUCACACGACAUUACAUGAAAAUAAAACAUAUCACACGACAUUACAUGGCAAGGAAACAUAUCACAAUACAUUACAUGGCAAGGAUACAUAUCACACGACAUUAUAUGGCAAUUAAACAUAUCACACGACAUUACAUGGCAAGGAAACAUAUCACACGACAUUACAUGGCAAGGAAACAUAUCACACGACAUUACAUGGCAAGGAAACAUAUCACACGACAUUAUAUGGCAAUUAAACAUAUCACACGACAUUACAUGGCAAGGAAACAUAUCACACGACAUUACAUGGCAAGGAAACAUAUCACACGACAUUACAUGGCAAGGAAACAUAUCACACGACAUUACAUGGCAAGAAAACAUAUCACACGACAUUACAUGGCAAGGAAACAUAUCACACGACAUUACAUGGCAAGGAAACAUAUCACACGACAUUACAUGGCAAGGAAGCAUAUCACAACACAUCAUCUAAAAAGGAAACAUAUCACAACACAUCAUCUAGAAAGGAAACAUAUCAGACGCAAAUGAAACAUAUCAAACAGCAUCCUUACAACGUAAAAUCAACAUCCGCGACGGAACGGACAUCUCCAUUACCGAAAUACUGAGGCCACAGCGCUGCGUCAUGAAGUGGAGGCGACCCCGUCACUGAGUGGACACGGCCGAAAUAUCAAGGCCAGCACGCAGGCUGUUCACGAGGAAGUGAUCGAUACAGAUCAUGUUUACGAGCGUCCCUUCCCACCUUAAUGAAAUGUUUCGCCGUCCUUGCCGCUGGAGUAGCUGGUGUGCAGCUUGGCGCUCCUCAUGAGGUGGAGCUUCUGACUGCGCGGCAGCUUGAAGCCUCGCCGCUGGAUGGCGGCGCCGAGGUGGUCACGAGUCAGCAGGGGAGUGGGGCGCCGCACCACUCUUUCGUACUGGUACUCCUGCUUGGCCUUGCGACCCGGAGGCAUGAUCCUGCACUGCGGCCGGGCGGUGUUGAUGCCGCGGUUCCCUUUGCACGUCACGUGGCCAAACUCCAUCCUAUUCAGGUCUCGAGAACCGCAACAGUAUUCCUGCUGCAGCUUUCUGGCCUCCGCCCUCACCACAAACUUCCCAGUGGUGGCUUUCUCUCCAGCGUCAGUCGUGAACAGUCGAAUACUGCUCAUGGCCUCAUGCGGGUGAACCAAGACACACCUCGUGAAGGCGUUCUUGGUCCUCAUCGUAGGUGCAUGGUUGGGAAGCUCCUGGAGACAGGCGGCUCAUUCUGGCGCCCGACGCAUCUGAUUGGCUGUUCAGCAGCGCGUCUGUGAUUGGUUCACUUCGCCUCCCAUCUCUCUCUAGCUCUCGAUGACGUCAUUUGUAAACAAAACCUGGCGGGAACGGCGCGGGAUAUCAUAGCAGAGACUGCUCAACAUAGACUCAUUCAUUUCCCGGCUAAUAUCAUUGUCUCCUUAGACAUUUACAUUACUCCACAUAGUGUGAUGCAGUGCCUACACGUUCUACAGUAGUAAUACCACCGCUGCACCGCCACAACGGUAGAGAGGGAUGACCUGAUGCCGCUAUCCCGACAUGGUAUACCUCCACCACAGCCUGUAACAGUGGCUGUUCAUCUUCACCCACACCUGAUUUCUUGAGAUGGAAAGACUGUAUGGAACUGGACAUUGGAGUCAAUUACACGGCUCAUUCUGGACCAAAGAAAUCAUGUGAUGGCACCAAACAGAUAUUCUACUGUCGAAGAUCAGGUGUUCAGUCAACGAAGAUUUCCAGUAAGAGUCGUGCAGAAAAGAGCCAAGGUACCUGUAAGAUGGGGUUUUACUGCACCCCAUCAAUUGAAGUUGUGAAGAAGGAUGAAAAGAUUUGUGUGACCUUUUACUCUGACCAUCAUGAUCACAACCUUGAUUUUAACAGCCAGGUUCACAUGACACUUCCCAAGAGUGAACAGGAUAAGAUUGCAGCUUGUGAUGAAAUCAUCAUAUCUGCAAAGCGUAUGAUUACACAAGGGAUCGAACAUGACAUAAUUUUGGACAGAGUGCGGGAGUCAGCAGGCAGUAAUCGAAUGUCUUUCUUAGAAAAGAAGGAUAUAGAUAAUAUUUGUGUUAGGUAUGGAUUGAAUAAAACCCACAGCAGACACUCUGAUGACAGCACAAGUGUACGAUUAAUUGUUAAAGAAAUGCAGGAUGCCAAUGAAGUCUUGUAUUUCAAAGAUCAAGGAGAUGUAGAUUCAGAUAAUCCUGAAAUACCAUCCAAAGAAUUUGUAUUAGGUUUUAUGAAAGGGGGACAAGAAUUAAUAUUUUCUACCCAGAUGAAAUCUUGUGACAAGAUACAGGUAUGCAUGGAUUCAACUCAUUGCAUUAGCCAAUAUUCAGGAUUCCAGAAAUAGCCAAACCUAAGGUGUCAACAGAAGAAAUUAAUAUGAUUCAUGAUGUAAGUAAUGAGGAAACCUAUGAUAGACAAGUUGUGAAAUACCAGGAACAAUUGAAAAACAAAAUUAUGUUACAGCUUCUCCCAAAAUGUAGUGAAAGUAAGGACCUUCAAGUUUUGAAAACUGCUAAUAGCUUGUUGUGUAAGUUAAUUGCAACAUUAGAUGCUGGCACGAGUUAUCCACCAAACAACAGUAACUGGCCUGUGGAUGUGACAACUGUUUCAGAGCCAGGUAAUAAAAAAGUGUGUUAAGCAAGACCGGUUGUAUUCGACAAGGAAGAGAAAACGAGAAAAUAUAGGUAUGUGCUUAAAAAAGCCUAGUUCAAAAGCAAGAUUAAUAAUUGGGGAGAGUCUUGCAAAGUCUGAGUCUGAUGUAAGUGUUCCAGUACUAUCAGAAGGUAGAAUAGACGAUGAACAUAGUUAUUGAGGUAUUAAGGUCUAAGGUGUGAUCGAAAAAUGUGUCAAGUUAAAGGUGUACCUAUCUCAUGUCUUUCUACCAUAGUCCACAAAUUUUUCAGUAACCCUUUGUAUUAAAAGCAAUGUUAGUGUAUCAAGGAAAAAAAAAAGUAGAUGCUUUUGUCUUAUGUAUUGAAUCCUAUGUCCACUGAGUGGUCUGUUUACUUUAAUGUUUGAGGAUUAUUAUAUUAACCAAAGCUGGGUAUACUUGUAUGUAGUAUGUAAUUCUGAUAUGUGUCUGAUAUGUGGUUUUUGGCACUGGCCAAAGGGAAAGGAUAGUGUCAAGGAAAUAUUCGUAGAUGCUGUUGUCUUAUGUAUUGAGUCCCAUGUCAGUGAGUGGUUUCCUUACUUAAAUUUAUUUUUGAGGAUUCGGUAUUAUCUCAACCAAGGCUAUACGUACUUGAAUGUACCAUGUUCUUCUGGAAUGUGUCUGAUAUGUGGCCUUUGCCUCUGGCCAAAGGGAAAGGAUAAAACAACCUAUUAAAAAUGAGCAUGUCAGGAUUGUCAUCGCAAUUAGCAAAAGUUUUUGUUACAUAAGGAGUUUGUAAAUAUAUCAUUAUUGAUGA